CGUGUCAGGGAGGAAAUGGCGCCGCGUCAGGGCGGAAGUAGCGUCACAUCACGGCGGAAAUGGCGUCCCAACGGGGCGGAAGUGGCGUCACUCAUCACUAUGGGGGAGAAGAAAGCAUCAGGGCGGGUACCGGAGGCUGCUCAACGCCGGGUCCUGGACCGAGCGACCCGGCAGCGGCGGCUGAACCGGCAGCUGGAGGCGUUGGAGAACGAUAAUUUCGGGGAUGACCCGCAGGCCGGGCUGCCCCGGCCCGGGAAACGGCUGCCCCACUUCGCCGAUACCGCCGAGACCGGGAAGAAGAAGAAGAAGACGCGGGGGGAUCACUUCAAGCUCCGCUUCCGCAAGAACUUCCAGGCGCUGCUGGAGGAGCAGAACCUGAGUGCGGCCGAGGGCCCCAACUACGUCUCGGCGUGCGCCGCCCCUUCCCGUCUGCCCCAGCGCCAUUUCUGCGCCGUCUGCGGUUUUCCCUCCGCCUACACCUGCGUUACCUGCGGCGCCCGGUACUGCUCCAGCCGCUGCCUCGGCACCCACCAGGACACCCGGUGCCUGAAGUGGACGGUGUGACGGGGACGCCGCUGUCACCCGUGGGGACAAUAAAGGAACCUGGGUGUCACCCCCCC